UCAUUUUUGCAAGUGCAACUUUGCAGAGUAUGUUCUGUUAAAGUGGAGACUGUAAAGUCUCAACUUGCCUCUAGUGUGGUGGGUUUGACUUGAGAAGCUUGAAACUGAACAGAUUAUUUAUUUGAAGAGCUAUAAAUUGUAUAAAGAUUUUUCAAAUUGAAUUGGAAAUUGAGGCAUAUGUCAUAUCACACCUUUCGGGUAUUCUGUUUCACCUGUUUGCAUAGACACUAUGUCGUUCAUACAAAACCUUUUGAUGUCUAUGUCAUAGCAAAACGUUUUUCCAAAGCUUCUCUUCAGUUUUCGUCAAGUCGUUCUUUGUCGUUGGGUAUACCUCGUCGAAAGUUCUCUUUGCAGCACUCCAAGCAUUUACCGUUUAUUCAAACUCUCGAAGCAAGUCAAACGAGAGAAAAGAGUGGUAGACAUUCCGAAAAGAAAAAAACUGAAAGGAAAAAAGCGAAGUCGUCACCCACCAAGGAAAAGAAAAAAGAGUCGGUGGGACUAGUGAUAGUUGAAUCGCCUGCAAAGGCAAAGACUAUUCAAAAGUUUCUACCGGAGAGAUACAUUGUGGACUCUUGUAUGGGUCAUAUUAGAAACUUACCAGAGUCAGCAAAGGAAAUACCUGAUGAACUUAAGAAACUUCCUUGGGCUCGCUUAGGGGUGAACGUGGAAAAUAAUUUUGAACCUAUAUACACAAUUUCAAAAGAUAAAAGUAAAGUUGUCGAUCACUUGAAGGAAUUGGUUAACUCUUGUGACGAGUUGAUACUUGCGACUGAUGAAGACCGCGAAGGAGAAGCGAUUGCAUGGCAUCUCGUUCAAGUAUUGCAACCGAAAGUACCUUACAAACGAGCUGUGUUCCAUGAAAUAACCAAAGAGGCGAUAAUUGAAUCUUUUGAGAACUUACGCGAUGUGCAUAUGAAUCUCGUUCACGCUCAGGAAGCGAGACGUAUUCUCGAUCGCCUGGUUGGGUUUACUCUAUCUCCUAUUUUAUGGAAAAAAAUUGCUCCAAGACUUUCGGCUGGUAGAGUUCAAAGUGUUGCAUUAGCUAUGAUUGUUCAAAGAGAACUGGAACGAAUAACAUUUCGUCAAAGUUCUUUCUAUAAUAUUGUAGCAAAACUUGCGCUGUCUCCACAGUAUGAAAUCAAUGAAAUGAAAGAAGGGUUAACGGCAUGGCUGUUGGCGUUCAAUGGCAAGCGGCUUGCAACUGGAAAAGACUUCGAUCCUACCACUGGAGAUCUGAAGAAGGAAAGCAUAGAAGAAGGUAUCAUUCAUAUGGACCUGCAAUUUGCUGAGAAUCUUUUAGAAAGAAUGAUGGAAAGCGGUGUAACUUGGAAAGUAAAAUCUGUUGAAAAACGGAAACUCAGUCGAAAAGCCCCUGUACCCUUCAUUACAUCCACACUUCAACAAGAAUCUAGUCGUCGUCUUGGUUUUACAGCAGGAGAGACCAUGCGUUUGGCACAAGAUUUGUAUGAACAAGGAUUCAUUACCUACAUGAGAACGGAUAGUCCAACUCUUUCUAAUCAAGCCAAAAUUGCUGCACAAAAAUGUAUCGUAGAACAGUUUGGUAGAGAUUUUCUUCAAGAUGCUGCAUCGAGCAACAACUCGCCAAAGGUAUCGAAGUUAGCCCAGGAAGCACAUGAAGCAAUCAGACCCGCGGGAACCAGUUUUCUUUCUCCCGUCCAAGUGGUCAAUCAAGUAAGCCCUAAGCAUCAGAAGCUUUAUGAACUUAUCUACCGUCGUACAUUGGCAUCUCAAAUGAAGAAUGCAGAAUUUUUUGUAACAAGUGUGAAUAUCGAUUCUAUUUUAGAAGAUGGAAGUAUUGCAACUUUUCAUACUUCCGGUAGAACCCUCGUAUUUGAAGGUUAUUUGAAAGCAUUUAAUGAAGUUUAUGGAAUAGAGGAAAAUUUUGAUGACUUGGACGAUAGUCCUUUGUCUAUGCAUAAUAAGAAUCUACCAGCGUUACAUGAAGGACAGGAAUUGUAUUCGUUUCACUUGGAACCUAUUAUGCACUCCACGAAACCGCCACCACGAUAUACGGAAGCUGCAUUGAUUAAAGCAUUAGAAGCAGAAGGAGUUGGACGACCAAGUACAUAUGCAUCUAUUCUGGAAACUUUGGUAGAAAGGAAAUAUGUUCAUCGCGAAAGAAGUAAGGGAAAGUCACGUACUAGUCUCGUUCCAUGUCUUUCUGCAGUUUCUGUAGUCAACCUAUUGAAUAAGCACUUUCCUGAAGUGACGGAUCCUCAAUUCACUGCUUCGAUGGAGGAGGCAUUGGAUAAUAUAGCUAAUGGAAAAGCAGAUCAUAUUGAAUAUUUGCGCUCCUACUUUUUGGGAGAAUAUGGUCUUCAAGAAAAGGCCAAAGAAAAAGAGAAGAAUAUUGAUAGUCAGGAGGUCCGUAUACUUAGUCUUCCCAUCCGACAUGAAAAUGCAAAUGAAAGUGUCCAAGUAAAGGUGGGUCCCUAUGGUCCGUAUAUAGAAUUGAUAGGAAAUUCAACAAAGAAACUAAAUAUUUUGAAUGAAAUGUCUCCGGAAGAGUUAUGCUCCAAAACCAUCCAAGAACUUGUCGAAGAAAGAAAAGGAAAAUUUCUCGGUUAUGACCCUGAAAGUGGUCAUGCACUUUUCUUAAAGAAAGGCCGGUUUGGUUGGUUUCUGCAGUUGGUUGAGGAUAACUUAUCACCAGAGAGUGAGGGGGAGUUGGAAAUGGAGGAAGAAGCUCAAAAGAGACGAGUAAUAAAAAAUGUUCGUUUGCCUGCUAAUGUAAAUGUUGAGUCGUUAGAUUUGGCGAAUGGCUUGAAAUGGUUAUCAUUACCAAGAGUUCUUGGGAUAGACCCUCACACGGGUAAAGAAGUUGUUGCCAGUGUUGGUCCUUUUGGUCCUUAUGUUGGAUGUGAUGGGAAAUAUAUUAGUUUGAAGUCAGGUAUGGCAUCCGUAUUUGAGAUUGACUUGAAGACUGCUGUAGAAUUGAUAUCAAAUCCCGUAACAUAUCAGAAUCGAAAGAAAGGCAAUGGUUCUAAACGACAAUAUUAAAUAUGAAAUAUUUCCAUCAAAAAAAAGAGACCAAGUAGUUGUAGGAAAAACAAAGCUCUGAUGGCCACAUCUUUUGGGUUCUAGUCGUACAUAAUGUUCACAAUGCAAAUACAAUCGGAUAAUUCUCAAGUCUUCAGAAACAACUUACAUUUUUUAUGAGAUAUAAAGGGAAUUGGACUUUU